AUUGCAUGGCACGUGGUCUUUAGAGGAACAGCGAGUAUUGGGAACAUCAGCCUGAACCGCUUCAGGGUUGUUUCUUCCUCUGCCUUCUAAAUCAAACCCUGUGGCUGGUGCCCAACUUAUUCAUCCUUCUUUGCACCCCACCUUUUUCCAAAACACAAAGCUCCUUGAGUCUUGCCUUUGUCCUUUUCAAAAUGGCACCAGCUGGCCAAACCACUUAUCAAAAAGACGAGCGAGUGCUCUGUUUCCACCAUGAGAUUUUGUAUGAGGCAAAGAUCCUUGACGUCAGACACGUCGAUCCCGACGACCGCAAGAGUCCGUAUGAGUACCUUGUGCACUAUAAGGGCUGGAAAAACACCUGGGAUGACUGGGUCCCGCAAGAUCGUCUUCGUAAAUUUACCGAGGAGAACAGAGAACUUGCAACUACUCUUCGCCGCGAGGCCGAGGCUGCGUUCCGUCAGAAGAGCACCAAGGCCUCCGCAAAGAAAAGGGGAGGUUCCGAUCGUAGCUCCGCCCGGGGAAGCGAAGAACGCCAGAUGUCCGUUCCUGGCCGCGGAACCAAGAGAGCCAGGGACAACGAUAUUGAAAAGGAGGAUAGCUUUUAUGUACGGCCAUCUGUGAGGAUUGUUAUGCCCGACAAUUUAAAGUCACUUCUGGUCGAUGAUUGGGAGAACGUGACAAAGAACCAGCAAGUCGUGGCUUUACCAGCUAAGCGCUCGGUUAAUCAAAUCUUGGAAAACUAUUCUGAGGCAGAGAAACCCAAGCGCACAAGCUCUGCUGAUCUGGAUGUUCUUGAGGAAAUUAUUAUGGGAAUCAAGGAGUACUUUGACAAAGCCCUUGAUAAGAUCCUCCUUUAUAGAUUUGAACGCGAACAAUACCGAAACCUCCGCAAGAAGUGGGAGUCGGGAUCGGGUGACUUUGCCGACAAAGGCCCCUUGGAUAUCUAUGGUGCCGAGCACUUAACUCGUCUUUUCGCCACCAUGCCCGAACUGAUUGCGCAGACCAACAUGGAUCUCCAAUCUACUAACAGACUCCGCGAGGAACUUUCCAAGUUCACUCUCUGGCUGAGCAAACACUCUAGCCAGUACUUUGCUACCAGAUAUAUGACUGCCAGCAAUGAAUAUGUCGAAAAGUCUAAGGGUGUGGCAAACCCCAACCCUGGCACUGCUACUUCACGUUUGGUCUGAAGGGGUUCAAGGGCGUCAGUACACACCGACUUUUUUUUCUUUCUUUUUUUAGAAAAAAACAUGGU